AUGACAGAUGAUGUUACCCCACUGAUAACUGUUACCUCACGGAGGAUAGAAUUUGAAGAUUUCUGCUUCUACUUCGAUGAGGUAGUUAUAAGCCACAAGACCAAUGAUUCAUCCUUUCCACUCUUUAAAAAGACCAGGAAGGAAGCCCGCAUAUUUGCUAGCUGGUGCAAAACUCUCCCAAAGAACAGUGACGGCAUCACUGAUGAUCAGUACCCGUUCUUACAAAACCCGCAGUUCAUGUUUGACAUACAUGGUGAAGAAGAUGUAGUAAUCUGCCUGCAGCAGGAGGACCAGACGAUACUCAGAAACAAGGAGGUUACCAAAUCAGGCCUGGAAUCUAAAGCUAAGAAGAAAAGCAAUAAUUCACUGAUGGCAUUUAAGGUUUAUAAUGUAAGGCUGCACUGA